UGUGGUCUCCAGAUUUUGGCACAAGAUGAACCGCUCUGGUCUUCCCCUCUGCCUUCUCUCUGCUGUGUUUUAUCUCUUUUGGACACCUUCUGCCGGGCUGAAGACACAUUUGGGAAGCUGUGUAAUCACCGCAAACCUGCAGGGAAUUCGAAAUGGAUUUUCAGAGAUACGGGACAGUGUGCAAGCCAGAGAUGAAAUCAUUGACAUCAGAAUCUUGAAGAAGACUCAGUCUUUGCAAGACACAAAGCCUGCAGAUCAGUGCUGCCUCCUUCGCCAUAUACUGAGGCUCUACCUGGAUAGGGUAUUCAAAAACUAUCAGACCCCUGACCACCAUGUCCUCCGGAAGAUCAGCAGACUCGCCAACUCUUUUCUUACCAUCAAGAAGGACCUCCGGCUCUGUCAUGCCCGUAUGACUUGCUCUUGUGGGGAGGAAGCAAUGGAGAAAUAUGGCCAGAUAAUGAGUCACUUCGAAGAGCUUCAGCCUCAGGCAGCAGUGGUGAAGGCUCUGGGGGAACUAGACAUUCUCCUGCAAUGGAUGGAGGAGACAGUCUAGGAGGAAAGUGAUCUCGGCCAAGACUCCCAGGCUUUGCACCCAUGGAGGCGUGACUCCCAACCACCAUCUCUUUGUUAUGUAACUUAGUGCUGGUCACCAUGUAUAUUAUUUAUUUAUUAUUUGUUUCCUUAGUGUAGUUGUCUUCAUGUGUUUCUACUGUUAAUCCAGAGCACAGUUUUUAAGAUUUUCAUAAUAUCUUUUCUACUGUUGAAUGUAUUUAUUAGCUAAUAUAUUUAUUUAUUUUUGCUAUUUAACUUAUUUAUUUUUGUAUUCAAAGAUAAGACUUUUAAAAACAACUCACAGAUUGUAUUUAUAACCUGACUAGAGCAGGUUUUUCGUAUGGUAAACAAACCCUCUAAAUUCUAGAGGAAUGGCUAGAAUUUGAUUAAGGAUUACUGACUGCUGAUGCUCUAUGAGACAUUAAAGACUCGACCAAUGGCUGCCCAGGGCGGGUUGUGGAAGAGGAAGUUCUGACAUGAAAUUAUAGCCUUGUCUUACAAGUACUGACCACUCCUACUCAACUCCCAGCCCCCAAACUGCUGUAUC